AUGGACUUCAAAGAGGAAGGGGAAUCUGAUUCAAGAGAAUAUGGUCAAGAUGACUCUUCUCCUGCAAGACACAUUCAAAGGAUUCAGCCUACCAAAAGAGGGAACAUUGAGGGAAAAUCAAACGAAGAGAAACAUCACAAACGCUCCCAGUGCACGAAGACUUCAUACCAGAAAUUACAGCAGCGAUUGGACACCAAAGAGAACCAACAUGAAAAAGAAAAGCAUGAUCAGUGUACCACAGGGGCAGAAUGUUUCAGCAGUAGCGCAGUUCUCUCUGGCCCUCAGAUCCCAUGUACAGGGGAAAAGACACAUCCGUGUACUCAGUGUGGAAAGACCUUUAAUCUCAAGCAUCAUCUCAAGAGACACCAGAGAAUCCAUACAGGUGAAAAGCCGUAUCAGUGCACUAUAUGUGGGAUGAGUUUCAGGAGGAGCACUCAUCUUACCAGCCAUCAGACCACACAUACAGAAGAGAAGCCACAUCCGUGUCUUCAGUGUGGAAAAGCCUUUAAUCUCAAGCAUCAUCUCAAGAGACACCAGAGUAUCCAUACUGGGGAAAAGCCACAUCAGUGUUCUCAGUGUGGAAAGACCUUUACUCAAAUGGGUACUCUCAAGUUACACCUGAGAAUCCAUACAGGUGAAAAGCCACAUCAGUGUUCUCAGUGUGGAAAGACAUUUACUCAAAUGGGUACUCUCAAGUUACACCUGAGAACCCACACUGGAGAAAAGCCCCAUCAGUGUUCUCAGUGUGGAAAGACUUUUAGCCAGAUGUCUAAUCUCAAGACACACCAGAGGAUCCAUACGGGAGAAAAACCCCAUCAAUGUUCUCAGUGCGAAAAGGCUUUUAGUCGAAAGGGUCAUCUCAAGAAACAUCAGAGGAUCCACACUGGGGAAAAGCCAUAUCAAUGUUCUACAUGUGGGAAGGGUUUCAAAAGUAGCAAUGAACUUAGAAACCACCAGAAGACACAUACUGGGGAAAAGCCAUAUCAUUGUUCUCAGUGUGGAAAGACCUUUACUGAAAUGUCUAAUCUCAAGAGACACCAGCGGAUCCACACUGGGGAAAAGCCAUAUCAAUGUUCUACAUGUGGGAAGGGUUUCAAAAGUAGUAAUGAACUUAGAAACCACCAGAGGACACAUACUGGGGAAAAGCCAUAUCAGUGUUCUCAGUGUGGAAAGACCUUUACUGAAAUGUCUAAUCUCAAGAGACACCAGCGGAUCCACACAGGAGAAAAGCCACAUCAGUGUUCUCAGUGUGGAAAGACCUUUAGUCAAAAGAGUGAACUCAAGAAUCAUCAACGAACACACACUGGAGAAAAGCCCCAUCAAUGUUCUCAGUGUGGGAAGACUUUUAGUCAAAUUGGGAAUCUCAAGACACACCUGAUGAUCCACACUGGAGAAAAGCCAUAUAGUUGUUCUCAGUGUGGAAAGGCCUUUACUGACAAGGGUAAUCUCAAGAGUCACCUUAUAAUCCAUACUAGAGAAAAGCCAUAUCAGUGUACUACAUGUGGGAAGGGUUUCAAACGUAGCAAAGAAUUUAAAAUCCACCAGAUGACACAUACCGGAGAAAAGCCACAUCAGUGUUCUCAGUGUGGAAAGACUUUUAGUCAAAUGUGGAGUCUCAAGACUCACCUGAUGAUCCACACUGGAGAAAAGCCAUAUCAGUGUACUACAUGUGGGAAGGGUUUCAGAAGUAGCAGUAAACUUAAAAUCCACCAGAUGACACAUACUGGAGAAAAGCCACAUCAGUGUUCUCAGUGUGGAAAGACUUUUAGUAAAAUGCAUCAUCUCAAUAGACACCAGAGAAUCCACACUGGGGAAAAGCCACAUCACUGUUCUCAGUGUGGAAAGACUUUUAGUCAAAUGGGUAAUCUCAAGACACACCAGAGAACCCAUCACGGGGAAUAG